UCCUUCUGGACGGAACAGCAGAUGAUGUUAUGAUCUUGAGCAGACAUCGUGGCUCCUUGGGUUUAAUCUGUGGAUUCAAACAUACUGUUUGACCCAGCUUGACCCAGCUGGGCAAAUGUGACCUUUGCCACAAAUCAGAGAACCUUCAUCACGUUACACCAUUUUUUUUAUAUGCAAUUUUGUUCUUUUAACUAGAAAACUGAAGGAUAAUGGGAAAGUUUCCCAGGACAACAAGCACUGUCUGCUCUUAUGAUUCUGCUCAAUUUCAAGAGGAAUAAGAGGAUGUUACUGGAAGAAUAAUACAGCAACUAGAGAAAAUGAAGAAAGCAUUUUUCUUUCAAUUGUGUUUAUGUUUCAGCUUCUGAUGGUAGAAAGAGCAGUAAAUGACUCCACAUCAUACCAAAGGUCUGCUUCUGCAUGAUCCCGAUCACCAGCUAGAUGCCAUAAAAGCAGCAGACAGCAUUAGCAGUCCUGCUCAGUGUGCAUUAGGGCUUAAAUGCGUGUUUAAAUAUUUAUCACCUCAGUGUCAGCCUAUUUUCAGUAAAGCACUGUAUUUACUGUGGUUUUAAAUGGUAGCUAAUGUAACCCGCAUUAGUCUGAGGUCUUGGAGUGAGAACAUAUUAAUUACAGAAAUGUAGACAAAAGUGUUGCAAAAUAAAAGAACAUAAUACAAAAGAAUAGUCUUUAUUGGUCCUACAGUGGGGAAAUCCACUUUUUACAGCAGUACCAACACUUAAGAGAAUAAAUGGAAGAUAAAAAAUAACUAAGUUACAUGUAUUUACACAUAGGUGGUAAUCUAGUGUUAUAACGUUUGACCGCUAAACACCACAAAUAAAAACUAAAAAACUCGGGUUCCAACACUAUGCAGCAUAGAACAAGAGACACAGACAUACUAUGUAAAUCUAGUAUUGAAUACAUACUGAAUAUUGUUUUGGUGUUAUUGUGUACCAGGAUAAUGCCAGUUUAGCUUAGACUGAGGAGUUCUACACUCUUACUGCAGAGGAGCCUGAUAACUAAAAGAUCUGCCUCCCCAUCCUAAUUUUAGAUAUUCUGGGAACCACCAGUAGACCUGCAGUCUGAGAGCGAAGUGCUCGGUUAGGAACGUAUGGAACAAUCAGAUCACUGAUGUAUGAUGGAGCUUGAUUAUUAAGAGCUUUAUAUGUGAGAAGAAGGAUCUUAAAAUCUAUUCUGAAUUUAACAGGUAGCCAAUGUAGGGAAGCUAAGACAGGAGAGACGUGAUCUUUUUCUCAAAUUCUGCAAAGCAUUAAAGUCUUUAAACCUAAUCCCCACAUCCCGUAAUUAUUGGUGAGAUGAUACCAGCUGGAUUUGACACAUGAAUUUGUCUCUGAGCAGCUUGUUCACUCCAGAUUUUCUGCUUAGAUCAAAUCACUGGUUUUCCAAGACAGACACCCAGAGGCAACACGACCUUGGUGCAGAUUUUAAAUAUGAAAGCUGAGCAGCAGCAGAGGAGCAAAGAACACGACUGUGCAACAUAACAGGGAGGCUGCUUGUCUGGAGAGAGGAAUGUUGCUGAGGUCUUAAAGCUGCUUGACCAGAAAACACUUUAGCUUGAGUUAGUCUGGAGCGACACGAGGGCAGAAAACACUGGCUUCGUGUAUUAUGGAAGGCAUCGAAUAAUCUGACAUUCAAUCAAAUUGCCAACAUCAAAGGGAUCUCUAUCAUCUCAGUGAAUUCCUUGCUUCAACGGAAGCCCAUCAGGCCCAGAGCCCCGCUAUGAUGCUGAUGACAGAGUUCUCCAGAUCCCUCUAAGAACCCUCAACAUGGAACAUGACAAGAACUGUUCGAACAAUGGCACGGCUCAAAACCCUGUGUCUGCCAGCCUGAACAUGACUCUUGGUAUCUUCUUCAACAUGGUGGCUCUCAUCAUCCUCGUCAAAGCCUACAACCGCUUCCGCCGGCGGUCCAAGGCUACCUUUUUGCUCUUUGCUAGUUCCCUUGUGGCCACGGAUCUUGCUGGACAUGUGGUCUCUGGAGCCCUUGUGCUGAGGAGAUACACAUCAAGCUCAAAAAGCAAUGUCACAUGGGAUCCUGAGAAACCAGAUGCCCCCUGUCAGUUUCUGGGGGGAUGCUUGGUGUUUUUUGGCCUGUGCCCACUCUUCCUGGGUUGUGCCAUGGCUACGGAGCGCUGCCUAGGGAUCACCAGACCCUUGCUGCACGCUCGUCUAGUCACCACAACAAGAACCAAAAUAUCCCUGUCUGUGAUCUGGUUCCUGGCUCUCUGCAUGGCCCUGUUGCCAUUCUUUGAUCUGGGGGAGUACACGUACCAGUACCCAAGGACAUGGUGCUUCAUCAGAGUUGUGAAAAAGGCUGAAGCCACAAAUUUAGUCUUUGUGAUGCUGUUCUCUGGUCUGGCUUUCAGUUCUCUGGCCCUGGCCUUUGUGUGCAACACCAUCAGUGGAAUGACUCUGAUCAGAGCCAGAAUAAAGCAGAAACCCACGUCACAGCGCUUCCUGGCAAGAUCUCACGAUACAGAAAUGGUGAUCCAGCUGGUUGCCAUCAUGGUCACUUCCAGCAUCUGCUGGAGCCCUCUGCUGGUUUUUGGACUGAUGUCAGCCGCACACUCCUACUCUGAAGAUCAAAAAAAUACAGACAUCACCUGCAUGUACAGCAAGCUCAUGAUGACUGGCGUCAGAAUGGCAACCUGGAACCAGAUCCUGGACCCGUGGGUCUAUAUCCUUCUACGACGUGCAGUCCUCAGAAAAAUAUACCGCAUCACCAAAAAGCAGGUCAGCUUUAGAGGUAGCACCUUCAGAUCUGUCCGCUUGGACAUUGGAUCCUUCCCUAAGUCAGAGCAGAACUCUGUCAAAAAGAUUUAAAGGAGGAAGAACUGUGACACAGCACUUUAAAAUUACAAGGGACAUUAUUUUAUUGCCAGUGAGAUGACCUGAAGCAGGAAAAGUGUAAAAAUAAAAAGCUUGAGCCUCCUGAUGGAGGUAAAGGAAGUGAGAACACUGACAUGUUUGAUGUUGUUGCGUUGGCCCAACAGGGAACCAGCUCCCGCUCAGUGAGAAUGCCUACUAGCUUAUAUGAGAGUGCAAUAUCUGUGUCUCCUCUUUGAGAGAGUGCUUGGAAGUCUGUAAAGUUUUUAGAAGGUCAUUGAAUUCUGCACUCAAAUGAGACAAAAGCUGUCCUUGAUUUUGUUUAAGACCGUGAUAAACAACUGAUGUCCUGUUGUUAUUUGUGAGAAAAUGGGUCAGUCUCAGGCUGAUCACUAAGAGUCUGUUCAUGACAAUAAAAGUGGUUUUUGAA